UUAUUAAUUUUAAAAAAAUUAUUAGUUUGUUAAAAAAAAAUAAAGAAAAAUAAAUAUGAAAUAUUAUAAAUUAUUAUUUAUAUUUAUUUUAAUAAUAUUAAUUAAAUUUGAAUAUAAUUUUGCUAUUAAAAAUUCAAUAACAAAAAAUGAUAAUGAAAAAAUUCGAGUUUGUAUAGUUGAAGGGAGAGGAUCAUAUAAAAAAGGAUCAAAAUUUUGUCCAAUAUUAGAAAAUAGUAAUUCAAAUAUGGAAUGUGUUAUUGGUGUAGAUCGAUUAGAUUGUGUACGACGUAUUCAUAAAGGUACAGCACAUUUUGGUGUUUUUUCAUCUGAAGAUUUAAUUGCUGCCCGUUAUAAUUCAAUUGAGAUUUUGGUUACCAAUGAAAUGCGUUUUCAUGAUACACCAUUUGAAUAUGAAAUAGUUGCAAUUGUUGAUAAUGAAUCAGGUAUUAAUUCAGCACAUGAUUUACGUGGCAGUCGUUUCUGUCAUCCAGGUCAUGGAUUAGAAAAUCAUAUGACAGAGAUCCUAGGAAAAUAUUUUGAAUCAGUUUUGGUACCGAAAAAAUGUGAUGAAAAUUUAUCAUUAACAGAAAGUAGAAUUCGUGAUACAGCAAACUUUUUCGGACCAUCAUGUAAAGCUGGACCAUGGGUACCAGAUCCAGUCCAGGAUAGAAUAUUAAAAACUCGUUAUCCAUCAUUAUGUGAAAUUUGUUAUGACUCUUAUCGUUGCGGUAUUGGUGACAAGCAUUGGGGUCGCCGAGGUUCUCUAUAUUGUUUAACUAGUGGUAUCGGUGAAGUAGCAUGGGCUAGAUUAGAUGAUAUUCAAUCUCAUUUCGGAUUUAGUGGUCUACCUCCAGAAGCCAAUCCAAAUGAAUAUAGUUUCGUUUGUCCAGAUGGUCAUUUGCAACCGUUAAAUACAACACAUCCCUGUGUUUGGGUAGCAAAACCUUGGCCAGCGGUUGCAGCGCAAAGACAAAUUGCCGCCAAAAUUCAAGACAUUGUGUCACGUUUAAGUUAUAAUAAUGAAGAGGAAUGGCGGCGUGCUUUAUUAAGCUUAAUUGAACCAUAUAGAUCAAAAAUUCAAACAUUAGACAAUACUAUAACAAUUGAUGAUUAUUUAGAUCAAGCAAUUGGCUUUCAAAGUGCAUACAGUUUUCCAGAAUGUAAUCCUCCACGUUCAAUUGUUUAUUGUACAACUUCAAUUAUUCAACACGUUAAAUGUUCUUGGUUACAAGAAAUAUCUCAGGUAUAUGGUAUCCAACCAAAUAUUCAAUGCAUUCGAACAUUAAGUAUAGAUGAAUGUUUAGAGGAUGUUAAAGAUAGAGUAGCUGAUGUUGUUUUAGUUGAUCAGGAUACGCGUAUUAAAGCACAAAGAGAUUAUAAUCUUAUACCGUUAUUAUAUGAAUUUUCAAAAGAAAUGCACGAACGAUACGUUACAAUUGCUGUUGUAAAGAAGAAAUCAAAAUUUAAAAAUUUUGAAAGUUUACGUGAUUAUCAGGCAUGUUUUCCAUCAUAUGAAGGUGCUGCUUAUAUUUCUGUUUUAGAAGCAAUUGCAAAUAUUACUCAUCAGGAAUAUGAAAGUAUACCAAGUUAUUUUACUAGAAAAUCUUGUAUAUGGAAACCAAAUGGUCAUACGUGCCCAGAAGCAUACAAGGGUGAUGCUGGAGCUUUGAAAUGUUUAGCAGAUGGUUAUGGUGAUGUUGCAUUUAUUAGUUCUGAUAUUUAUAAAAAUUUCACUGAUGGCCUUAUAUUAGAUAAAUCAGUUGAUAGAAAUGAAUAUGAAAUCCUUUGUCCAUAUGGCCAUAGUAAGAAAUCACCUUAUGAAUUAUGUUAUUUGCAUUGGACACCUAGAGGUCAUAUUAUGGUACAUAAUACUACUUUAACAAGGCAACACGAGAUUUACAAUUCUUUAAAAGAUAUGGAUCGACUUUUUGGUAAACAUUAUAAAGAACAUACAAAACCAUUUACGAUGUAUGGACCUUUUGAUAAAAGAAGUAAUAUAAUGUUCCGUGAUAAUACAGAUGGAUUAAAAGGUUAUAUUGAAAUGAAAAAAGAUUCAGCCGAAAGAUUACUUGAGGAUAUUUAUAAAAAAUAUUCUGAAAGAAUAAUUUCAAAUAGCAGUAAUAAAAAUUAUUUAAGUGUUCUAUUAAUAGGAAUUUUAAUUGUAAUCAUAAGUUUUUAUUGAAUUGAAACAAUUUAGGGAAUAUUGUUAUUUUAUUUUUUUCUGAAUUUUGUCACAAAAAUGAAUGCGAAUGAGUAUGCAGUAUUUUAUUGAAAUUUCAAAUAUUUUUUUUUUUUUAUUUUUUAUGUUUAAUGUUUCAGUCAGAUGUUUAAAUAUUUAAAAUAAAUAUUGUGAUAUUAUUAUCUAGUUAAAACUUAUUGUACUAUAAAUAAAUUUAGAAUUAAAUUUCACUAAUGCUUUUUUAUUAUAAAAAAUUUCAUUAAAAAUGCACAAAGCGUAUUCAUUUUAAACAACAAUAAAACUUUGUGAUGUUUUUGUCACCGACUGUAUUGACCGAAAUUUUU